AUGAGCGCCGAACCGUACCGUCUGAGUGCUGUGGAAGCAUUGAAAGCUUUUGAGUCGGAUACUCUGACCGUCGAAGACUAUGCUAGAUCGUUGCUUGAUCGCAUCAAAGAACGGGAUGAUAUCGUCAAAGCUUGGAUUUAUCUUGAUGCAGAUCAGGUCUUGGAAAAUGCGAGAGCACUUGAUAGGAUUCCAAAGUCAGAGCGUGGUCCUCUGCAUGGAGUUGCAGUCGCUGUUAAGGAUGUCAUCUACACGAAGGGCAUGCCUACUCAGCACAAUUCUCCAAUAUACAAGGACAGCCAGCCGGAAGUUGAUGCCGGCAGCGUAGCCAUGCUUCGCAAUGCCGGAGCUUUGAUCUUGGGCAAAACGACAACGACGGAAUUUGCUGCUACUACAGUCGGUACCAAGACCUCAAAUGCCCACGAUCCGAAUCGCACACCUGGAGGCUCAUCUUCUGGAUCUGGUGCAGCCGUCGCAGACUUCCAAGCGCCAAUUGCUCUGGGCACGCAAACAGGUGGCUCGAUGAUUAGGCCGGCGAGUUUCAAUGGCAUCUGGGCAAUAAAACCGACUUGGACCAGCGUGUCGCGAGAAGGUCAGAAAAUCUACAGUAUCAGCUUGGAUACGCUAGGCUGGUAUGGUCGCUGUGUGGAGGACCUUGAACUCGUCGGGAAAGUGUUCGGUCUGGCUGAUGACGAAGUUCCAAGGCCGCUAUCGAACGGCGUCAAAGGGUUGAAAUUCGCCUUCAUCAAGACCAUGGUCUGGAACCAUGCCGGUUCUGGUACACGCAACGCUUUCGAUUCCGGCAAGCAACUUCUCAAAGACGCCGGGGCCGAGGUCGAAGAUCUCGAAUUUCCUCCAGAAUUCUCGAACUUGCCCACCUGGCACACCGUGAUGCUAUUUUCGGAUGGCAGAGUGGCAUUUCGACCAGAGUACUACAUGGCGAAGCACUUUCUCGCCCCUGAUCUGGUCGAGCAUGUGGAAGAGUAUCACGGCUAUACUCGCAAACAGUAUCUCGAAGCCUUCGAUGGAAUUGCCGCUCUCCGGCCGAAGUGGGAUGCUAUUGCAGAGAAGUAUGCUGCCGUCAUUGCGCCAUCCGUACCAGACGUCGCGCCUGAAGGCUUGGAGAGAACUGGGAGCGCAGUAUUCCAGAGUCUCUGGACUGCACUCCAUGUGCCAAUCGUCAACGUCCCGGCUUUCCACGGCGAGAAGAAUCUGCCAAUUGGCUUGAGCUUGACUUCUGCUCGCUACAGAGACCAGAAUCUCAUGAAUGUGGCUCGGGAAGUUGGCAAAGUUUGGAUUAAAGACUCAUAGAAUCUCAAAUUCGACACGAUUUUUGUCGUUUCCAAGGUUUACUUCGCUUUUGCCGGAUAUCAUUUCUGGUACGGAAAUUACUCCUGGAAUGCUUCCGCAACUUCAGUCGUGGUCGCAUCGAAGACUCCUGUCUUCCCACUUAUAUAGUCGACAACGUAGCAAGAAGCAUAUGGCGAACGUGGGGGUCCAAGAGCGGUCGAUGAGGGUUACAGGGCUGUGACUGAUCAUUCGAACCUUGGCAGAGAUUUGGCCGUGGUAUAGGAAACCCAAAUCUAUACAGUAACAGGAAUCCCCUCUACUCUCGAAAUCCUGCGCACGCCGUUUUUAAAACAAGGAAUUGCACCCCACG